AUGGCCCUGAAGGUUUGGGUGAAACGUGGCGGCACGGGCGACGAGGAGGCGCUAGGGAUUCACGUCCCACUGGACGGAACGGCGGAGAGUGUCAUAGAGGCUUGCCGUGGUGUAUUUCGGCACCUACAACCAUCACGCGUGGCGUUGCGCACGGAGGACGGCAUCAUUGUGGCGCGGGCCUCACCUGUCACGGCUCUUCGUACACACACGCUGGAGCUCAUCGAGGUGCAGCCCGAGCAGUCGCUAACGAGACGCCUAGCAAGAGAUCACCUCACUCCUGCUGCCAUGAUGGCAAAGGCCAAGAUAAGUUCUACCGUUGCGACGGCUUCAUAUCCCGUCAGGGGGGAUCCGUUAGUUGGGCAACGCUCUGCUUGGAGGCAGUCACUGCGCACCCCGUCGAGUCCUGCUCCGCGGAAGACACAUGUUUUUAAAAAGUUGGGAAGCGACGUUCCCGUACACACAAAACAAACUGAACCCACCUCUGUGGGGACAGGAAAAGAUGGUGGUGGGUUUCACCGCCUUGCGGCUUUAUGGGACAGCCUGCCGGCGUUUUCGUAUCCUCCACUAACUAGGAGUACGCCCGCGGUGACAGGCAUUUUGCGUGCUGCCCAGCGCGCUCAUGGCGAAGCCUUGGAGUCUUUGUUGGGAGGCAGCAGCAGCAAACCGUGUGGAACUCCCACGAGUCAUGUAGGAGGGCCGAAGGUUUUGAAAGGUGGCGAGAUGGAGGCCUCGCUGGGGCAGAAUGGCCCCUCGCGCUUGUCCAAAUGUGUAGGGGUGGCUGACGGCAAAAAUGUGAGAGACGACAGCAUUUCUGGGGAUACAGCAGACAAGGACGGAAGCGAGGGGCUGAAGAAUAUAGAGCGAGGGAGUGUGCUCUCGCCGUGUGACUUGAUUGCGGUGGAGGAGGUGCACACUUUCUCCUUCUCUGGUGCACCCCCAUGUGUGGAGGCGGCGGGCACAGCGGUGGCAGCUGCUGCCGUUACAGAAGCCGAGGCAGAGACGUCGCCAGGAAAUGAAUCUGUGGCAGGGGCGGUGGAAACACGCAAGACCGUUUUGACGCUCAUGGAUUUGGAGGAAGAGCGGGGACGCACGGCUGUCAGGGAAGUUGUCAGCUGCGGCGAAAGCUUAGAAGUUGUGGUUGUUGACACCCAAGACAACGACGACAACAACAACGACAAAGACUCCUGGCGUGCAAAUCUUGACGAACUAGCGCACAAACUGCCGACGUAUUUUGAAGAGUGGUGA